GAAAAUUCCUUGUCAACAAAACAUGGCGGGGGAAGCUUUCGGCUUCGCGACCGUUGAAAAAAAUUCGUGGAAUCACAAGUUUCAUCGCACAGAAGUCGUGAUAUUUCUUCGAUGUGAUGUUGUUGAAUGUGUAGGCUUAAGCCGAUAGUUCAGGUUAAUUUGUUUUCACGAUGGCGAACAACAGAAGUAGCGAUUUAUAUCGCUGGAAAAGAUGGUCCACAAAAGACACAUCGAGUACCAGCGCGCAUAUGAACACGAGGCCGAAAACUCACGUUCCUGCAAGUGACAACAUUCAAAAUUGGAUCAAGAAGGUGGAGAAAGCAUCAGACAGAGCAGCUGCAGUGACCUUUGGCCUCGGCAACAGUCGUCGUGGUGAUGGUUACUCGCUAGCCAAUAGCUACGGCACGGCGGCUGCAACUCUGGAGGCCGUGCAUGAUCAUGAUGAAGCUCAUUCAGAAGCGCAAGACCUUCUCAGUCAGUGGAUGGCCCAGAAGUGUGGCCUUGACGAUGACGAGGAGGAGGAUGAUCUCAGGUAUUUUGAGGACGAUGUCGACGUCAGGGACUACGCCGCAUCCAAGAAGGCCGCCAAGACCGACCUGAAAGACCAGUGGAACAACCUCCUGGCUGAGAACGAUCCGGUAGCUGCCGACCCCUACCACAAGAUGUCUUCUGAAGAACUCUUUCGCCAGAUAGAAACUCGGGAUGAUGACCAAUCCGUCCAGAGCAUCCUGGAUGAACUGAUGAAGAAAGACAUUGUGGAGAGCAGCUUCAAGAAAGAUCUGGGCAUCGGAGCAGAGGCCACGAAGAAGAGACAUGACCCUAGGACCACAAUGGCUGCAAGACAGCAAAAGGUGAAGGAGAACAGAGAGAAGAGACAACAGUCGAGAGAGGCGCAGCUGCGGCAACAGCAGCAGCACAAGGAGGCCCAGUCCCAGGCACGGCAGAUGGUCAUGAAGGAGGAGCGCAGCAAGGCGAUGCAGAGGCAGCGAGAGGAGGCCCUCAUGCAGCAGGAGAUGGCCAGGCUGAGGAAGGACAUGCAGGAGCAGAGGAGGCUGGCUGAGGAGGCCAGGCAAAGGGAGAAGGAGAUAGAAGCCAGAAAGCACGAAGAGCUGAGGCAAGAGGAGGCGAGAAGACGGCAGGAGGAGCUGCACACCAGACUGAACGCGGAGUCCCUCAUCCAGGAGGAGAGACGCAAGAUGGAACAGAAGCUUGAGAAUGCACGGGCAAUGAAGGCAGGCCAGGAUCUGAAGAGCUUACAGAGGCAUUUCCAUGCCUGGUACGAGCUGGUCCUGAGCAAGCGACUAGCCCUGGGCAAGGCCCGGGCCGUGGCUGACUGGCGGACGCUACUCAGAGCCUGGAAUGCCUGGCGGGCCUACGUCAGGGCUAGCUGGGCCGAGCGUGAGACCAGGGAGAUUGAAGAAAACUUCAAAGACCUCCACAGGAAAAAGCAGAUCGCCGCCGAUCACUACCACCGUACAAUCCUGAGAAAAUAUCUCUCCGUCUGGUGCCUGUGGCUGCGGCAGGAACAACAAAGCAGGGAACUGGAGCAACAGCAGCACCAGACCAAAAGCAAGAUGGCCGCCUUCCUGGAGGCGGCAGCCUCUGGGAAGCUGUGGACCAAUAGGAGUGAGGAAGAGGGAGAUGGUGAUGCCAAGGCUGGAAAGAAGGGGGCCUCUGAUAGGCCCGACUCAGUGGCACAAAAACUGGAUGACCUGUUCGGAGAACCAGCACGACCAGUUAACCCCAAAGCUUCAGUCCCAAGCACAGCCCGCAGUGAUGUCUCCACCACGUCCGAAGUAUCCCAAACCAAACGGCAACCUAACCACUCCGCGGGUCCCGGUAAGCCCAAGUACGCCUGGCAGGUGAUGCGCAAACACGUGGACCUUCCAGUGGAGGAGAUUCUAGCAGCCGGUGAAGAUGACGACAACGCGGAGCACCAGCCGAAUCGGAAUCAGAAUAAUGCCGUCGACAACGCAAAUCCAAAGACCAGCGCCUCAGGUGCAACAUCGAAGAGGUCCAUCAGCUACAAGCCCAACUCCUUCGAGCACCGCUAUGCUGCGCAGCAGCGCGUCCUGCAGGAGCAGCAGCAGCAACUACGCGAGCAGAAGCGCUUGAUUGAAGACCUGCAGACGGCGCAGAGGCAGCAGCUGCUGCGAGCGCAGCUUGGAGGAGGAGCGGAGGCAACUAGUGAUGUGACAAGGGAUCCAAACGAACUUCCUGAAGGACUCCCAGAUAGUGGAAGGUCACAGCCUGGAGCCGGCACGGCGCCGUCCACUGGACGGUCAGACCUUAGCGAUUCCAGCACGACCAGCGCUGGAAGUAAGAACAAGGAACCCACCAGGCCACCACUGCUCAAAGGCAUGAAGGACAGGGAAGCGGCGCGGCUGAAGAUGAAAGCAGACAGGGAGGAACGACAACUCAAGAGAGAACAGGAAAAACUGGCUGAGAUCAAGGCUAAAGAGGAGAGGCAGAGGCAGGAAGAGGAAGACGAGAAGAAAGCCAAGAUGGAGAAGAGACGAGGAGAGAAGAGACUAGCCAAACAGAGGGAGUUGGAGAAACAGCAGCGCCUUGAGCAUCUUCAGCAGCAAACCUGCAGAGCAGACGAGCAUUACCGACAAACCCUGCUCAGACGUAAGGGUCUGGACCCCUGGAUGAGGCUGGUCCACAUGGCCAGACAAAACAUGCAGGUUGCUGAAGAUCACCAUAGCAGUGUGCUACUGAAGAAGUGCCUGUUGCCGUGGAGACAAUAUGCAGAUGAGGUCUUGCAGGAGAAGCUUGCCAUGGCAGAGAAGCAGUACGAGGUCAUCCUUCUCAGACGGUCGUUUCAGUCUCUGAAGAGGUAUGGUCACCUGCAGUCCAUUCAGCUCCAGAAAGCUCGGAGGCAUUACGCCUUUACUCUCAAGGGGAAGGUGUUCCAGGCCUGGCAAAAGCACGUCACGGACGAGAAACUCCGGAUGUGGAAGAACGAAGAAGCCGCCGAGGAGCACAAUGAGAUACGCAUAAUGAAGACAUCAUUUUUGGCCUGGAAGCGGUAUCCCCAGAUGCUGAAAGCCGAGCGAGCACGAGACAAACGACUGGAAAACAUGAGGAAGAAAGUGGCCUCCAUCCUGCCCGAUUUUGGGGACAGCUGAUGAUGAUGUGCAUCGAUGGAGGAAGUUUGACGGAGGGUGAUUGGUCAACUAGCAGUUGAUUUUUGAUAAAACUUUAUCUGCGCUUUACACAUUAAUGUGUCAACAACUCUCAUCAAAACAGUCGUCAAAACAUCAUCUAUAAACGUCUUGGUCCAGGCUCCAUGCUAUGCAUUAUUAUCAUGCACAAGGCUAUGAGCUCCUUGUGCCAACAAAAGAGGGUGCAUUUUUACCACUUUUGAGAGCUCCGUAGACUGGACUCGCAGCGUGAUUUUCUGUACUGUACUGGUUCACCCGCGAAGUACGCAGGACUUCCUGAAUGUGCAAAAGCUAUAGCCACAGCGUCUUCGCGUGAGCGUCAGGCUUUGUCUGCGCGCGGAAACGUUUGAAUUUAAUUUGCGAUGGUCUCCCAGACUACUCCCUGCCCCAAAAUAACUUUGGAUCAUUAGAAAUGUGCAGUGGAUGGACCAGGAACCAGUCUAGGUCUCCCCAAAUUCCCCUUUUUUAACCGAUGAAGGCGUACCUGUGCACGGAGCCCAUAGACCCCUCUCAAAUUAAUUACGUCACUGCCUCGAGAUUGUCACGUGCAUCGGCAUUUUGGGCGUCAAUUUUGCAUGACAUGCAUCGGCUUUGCACACUGUGCGCACAAAUACCUGAUGGCGUUGAAUGGGGCUCGUUCAGUGACGGCCAUCUCUGUAGGAGAACUGCAACUGCAUAUUUUAGGCAAUCAAGCACGCAUUGCGCAGUGUUGAAAAUG